AUGUCUUUGCUUACCAUCGAUGAUAUCAACCAGCUCUCCUACAAUGAGCUUCGUUCGCAAUGCAAGAAAGCCAAACUCGGAGGUACCGGGAAGGCCCACGUCCUUCGUCAACGUCUUUUGGACGCUCACAAGAGUCAGAACACCACCCAUACGAGCGAUUCAAAGCCAAAGGCCGAAGAAGAUGACGAUGACAAGGCGACGCCCAAUGAGCAGAAAGAAGGGGAAAACGAAGGUCCAACGCCCAAGGAAGAGGAAAGAGAUGUCGAUUCGACUACCAAGAAGGAAGAUGAGCAGAAUGAUAAGCCCAAGACCGAUGAAGCCAAGGACGAUUCUAACGAUAACGACAACGACAACAACGCAACUGAAGCUUCAGAGGCAAACACCAACGAAAACGGUGAAAACACCGAGCCCGAAGAAGACAAGGAGAAUGAAGACGAUUCAGAGACAAAGACCAAUUCAGAUGAAGACAACGAGACUGAAGACGAUUCAGAGACAAACACCAAUGAAAACGAUGACAACCUCAAGUCAGAUGAAGACAACGAGACUGAAGACGAUUCAGAGACAAACACCAAUGAAAACGAUGACAACCUCAAGUCAGAUGAAGACAACGAAGACUAG